CGAUCUCUCUCCCCUCAUUGCAAUUACACCUCUCCCGUCUCCACCAUUAAAUGCUAUUGCACCCUCUCAAUACGCUCUGCAAUAACUCCUCGCUGCCUCAUUUUUCUCCAUCUCUUCCUCUCUUUCUUCUUUCUUUUACCCACUUUUGCUAUUGCACUCUCUCUCUAAAUUCUCUAUCUUCUUCUUUUCUUUCUUCGUGUUAGUCUCCAUAUUCCUAGCCCCUAUUUCUCUCCCUGUCUCAACACCUAAAACUAAUUCCUUACUGUACCAGCUUAAAUCAAACCACCACAAAGAAGCACUUUUGGAGCUUCAACAGUUGAUUUUCCGGCAUCACAGAUAAAGCUAAAGAAAGGAAUGAAAAUAAGGUGGUUUUGAGAUAGACAGAGAAGGCAUAGUUGGAUCUUCCGUGAUCUUCGUUGUGCGUUUUUUGGGUCUAAACCUGAUUUUUGUCCGUGAGGGGGCGUAUCAAAUUUGUCAACUCGAUCUUUCUAUUAAUAUUCUGUUUCUCGUGCAUUGGCGCGUAAAAAUCAGAUAGGUUUAAGCAGCUAGAGUGAGACAAAGAGAGACUCUUUUCAACGGCCAAGAGAAAUCAUAAGUCAGCUCUCCUUGUUUUUUUCCUUGUAGUAACCUAUUUGCUUUGCACAGACACCUGCAUGGAAUCUAGCAAUACUUACCUUCCCUGAUUUCUAUAUAAAACCCCAAACCAAACAUCACCAAAUACAGUAGAAACAAGAGUGGGGAAGCCAUAUACAAUAUAGGGUUUCUGGGUCUGAAAAUAUGCCAACAGGAGUUAUGAUCCCGGCGAGAAAUGUGCCGUCAAUGAUCGGUAGGAACGGUAAUGUUGGUGGACUUGGAUCAUCAUCAGGACUUUCCCUCGGUCAGACUGAAAACCCAUAAGCUUCGGAAUCUUAAAGAUCUGUAGAAAUGUUCCAGCCAAACAUGAUGGAAGGUCAGCUUCACCCUUUAGACAUGACCCAGAACACAUCAGAAAGCGAUAUUGCUGCUCGUUUAAGAGAUGACGAAUUUGACAGCACUAAAUCUGGUAGCGAAAAUCACGAAGGUGCCUCCGGUGAUGAUCAGGAACCACGUCCAAAGAAGAAGAGAUACCAUCGCCAUACUCAACAUCAGAUCCAAGAAAUGGAAGCUUUCUUCAAAGAGUGUCCUCACCCCGAUGACAAGCAAAGGAAGGAACUCAGUCGUGAAUUAGGGCUAGAACCUUUGCAAGUCAAAUUUUGGUUCCAAAACAAGCGCACUCAGAUGAAGACCCAGCAUGAGCGCCAUGAGAACACACAGCUUCGAUCUGAGAACGAAAAGCUUAGGGCUGACAACAUGAGGUACAGAGAAGCUCUUAGCAAUGCUACAUGUCCCAACUGUGGAGGUCCUACUGCAAUAGGAGAAAUGUCUUUCGAUGAACAUCAUCUCAGGCUUGAAAAUGCUCGAUUAAGAGAAGAGAUUGAUCGCAUCUCAGCCAUUGCGGCUAAGUAUGUUGGCAAACCUGUGGUGAACUAUCCACUUCUUUCUCCACCGAUACCACCUCGUCCACUUGACCUUGGAGUUGGAAAUUUUGGUGGGCAACCAGGCAUUGGAGGAGAGAUGUAUGGGGCUGCAGACCUCCUUCGAUCCAUUAGUGCCCCAACUGAGGCAGAUAAGCCGAUGAUAAUUGAGCUUGCAGUCGCAGCUAUGGAGGAACUAAUUAGAAUGGCCCAGGUGGGAGAACCACUCUGGAUGAGCAGUAUUGAUGGAACCACAACUGUGCUAAACGAAGAUGAAUAUGUCAGGAUAUUUCCUAGGGGAAUUGGUCCUAAACCAACUGGGUUCAAAUGCGAGGCAUCUCGAGAAACUGCUGUUGUUAUCAUGAACCACAUUAGUCUUGUUGAAAUCCUGAUGGAUGCGGAUCAGUGGUCGACUGUAUUUUCCGGCAUUGUCUCAAAAGCAAUGACUCUAGAAGUACUCUCAACAGGUGUAGCAGGGAACUACAAUGGAGCCUUACAAGUGAUGACAUCAGAGUUUCAAGUUCCUUCACCACUUGUUCCAACUCGUGAGAGUUAUUAUGUAAGAUACUGCAAACAACAUGGAGAUGGGACCUGGGCAGUAGUUGAUGUUUCUUUGGACAAUUUGCGCCCCAGUCCAGCCGUUAGAUGCCGAAGAAGGCCAUCAGGAUGUUUGAUUCAGGAAAUGCCUAAUGGAUACUCCAAGGUGAUAUGGGUUGAACAUGUUGAGGUUGAUGAUAGAGGUGUACACAAUCUGUACAAGCAGCUAGUGAGCUCUGGUAAAGCAUUUGGUGCAAAACGUUGGGUUGCCACCCUAGAUCGACAGUGUGAACGCCUUGCCAGUGUCUUGGCAACAAAUAUUCCAACGGGUGAAGUGGGGGUGAUUACGAAUCAAGAUGGGCGAAAGAGUAUGCUGAAGCUGGCUGAAAGAAUGGUGAUUAGUUUCUGUGCUGGAGUGAGUGCCUCCACAGCUCAUACUUGGACGACAUUAUCAGGAACAGGAGCUGAUGAUGUUAGGGUUAUGACCAGAAAGAGCGUAGAUGAUCCAGGCAGACCCCCUGGUAUUGUGCUCAGUGCUGCAACUUCUUUCUGGCUCCACGUUCCACCAAAAAGAGUUUUCGAUUUCCUUCGCGAUGAGAACACUCGAAAUGAGUGGGAUAUUCUUUCAAAUGGUGGAGUCGUCCAAGAAAUGGCACAUAUUGCAAAUGGUCGGGAUACAGGCAAUUGUGUGUCUUUACUUCGAGUGAAUAGUGCAAAUUCAAGCCAGAGCAACAUGCUGAUUUUACAAGAGAGCAGCACUGACCAGACGGCCUCUUUCGUUAUUUAUGCGCCUGUGGAUAUUGUUGCUAUGAACGUAGUACUAAAUGGAGGAGACCCUGAUUAUGUUGCCCUUUUACCUUCUGGAUUUGCAAUUCUUCCUGAUGGAACUACUGGCGGCAUUGGAGAAACUACAACUGGUGGAUCUCUAUUAACUGUUGCAUUUCAGAUAUUAGUUGAUUCCGUUCCAACAGCAAAACUGUCCCUUGGAUCUGUUGCCACUGUCAACAAUUUGAUUGCGUGCACAGUUGAGAGAAUCAAGGCUUCUUUGUCUUGCGACAAUGCAUGAACCUUAAAGUUUCAAUUUUACAAAAGAAGAAGGAAAAAAAGAUAUAAAGAUAUGGAGAAGAUAAAAGAGGUGGUGGGAAGUUGGCUUAAAAACUAUGGAGAGAAGUCAAGAGCGCACCUUACAUGAUCCUUUUGGAGUUUGUAUAAGAACACAUUACAAACUGAAGGAUUAGAGGUUCGGGUAUUGACUUCCUCAAAACAAGAUUAGAAAGAAAAAGAACGUUAAGACCUUGUUAGAAUGGUUGGAUUCUCCUUCACCAUGUUUUGUUUGGUUUUAUUGUUAGGAGUUUAGGGAUAAUUUUGUGUAAGUGGGGAUUUAGUUAUCUUCUUUUUUUUUUUUCUUCUUCUCUUGUUGUAUGUGUGUUUUCCAAACUCUUAGUCGGUGGAAAAGCUCUCACCUACUAACAGACAUUUGCUUCACUUUUUCCAUUUCAUGAGCUGUUAUUGAAAUAGACUAGUUAUUUUUUGUGAUAAA